AUGGCGCACUACCAGGUCACCGCGACGUCGCUUACGCCCUCGCGCCCCGCGCCCGCCGCGCCGGUGCGGCAAAACAACGUGCAGAACGUGCUCGCCAACUCCGGCUACGGCUCCUCCUUCUCCGUCGGCACGUCCUCGCCCUCGAGCUCCGUCUACCGCGCGGACUACACGGGCAUUGGCGGAUCGCCGAAUCGCAACUCGGACAUGGUCAGCAGCUCGCACGUCGUCCGGAGCGGCGUCGUCGCCAUCAAGGAGGACGGCAUCGUCUCGUGGCUCUGGCGCCCCAAGUGGCUCGUGUUGAAGGAGCAGACGCUGUCGAUUCACAAGAGCGAGGUGAGUGUCUCUGUUACAGCUUUUCGGCGCGUUGGUGCGUUGGUGUCUAUGGCGCUAGGGGGUUCGGGUUGGCUUGGUCAGAUCAACGCGAAACAGGCCGCCAUCCGUAGAGCCCAAUCGCAACGUGGCGCGAGCGAUAGGUAA